AUGCGUGAGGCUCUGGGCUCCACGAGAAAUAGUUCACCGACAAAUUGUUCACCUACAGGUGGUUUACAGACAACUGAUUCACCUACAGAUGGUUUACAGACAACUGAUUCACCUACAGAUGGUUUACAGACAACUGAUUCACCUACAGAUGGUUUACAGACAACUGAUUCACCUACAGGUGGUUUACAGACAACUGAUUCACCUACAGAUGGUUUACAGACAACUGAUUCGCCUACAGAUGGUUUACAGACAACUGAUUCACCUACAGAUGGUUUACAGACAACUGAUUCACCUACAGAUGGUUUACAGACAACUGAUUCACCUACAGAUGGUUUACAGACAACUGAUUCACCUACAGAUGGUUUACAGACAACUGAUUCACCUACAGGUGGUUUACAGACAACUGAUUCACCUACAGAUGGUUUACAGACAACUGAUUCGCCUACAGAUGGUUUACAGACAACUGAUUCACCUACAGAUGGUUUACAGACAACUGAUUCACCUACAGAUGGUUUACAGACAACUGAUUCACCUACAGGUGGUUUACAGACAACUGAUUCACCUACAGAUGGUUUACAGACAACUGAUUCACCUACAGAUGGUUUACAGACAACUGAUUCACCUAUAGGUGGUUUACAGACAACUGAUUCACCUACAGAUGGUUUACAGACAACUGAUUCACCUACAGAUGGUUUACAGACAACUGAUUCACCUACAGGUGGUUUACAGACAACUGAUUCACCUACAGAUGGUUUACAGACAACUGAUUCGCCUACAGAUGGUUUACAGACAACUGAUUCACCUACAGAUGGUUUACAGACAACUGAUUCACCUACAGAUGGUUUACAGACAACUGAUUCACCUACAGGUGGUUUACAGACAACUGAUUCACCUACAGAUGGUUUACAGACAACUGAUUCACCUACAGAUGGUUUACAGACAACUGAUUCACCUAUAGGUGGUUUACAGACAACUGAUUCACCUACAGAUGGUUUACAGACAACUGAUUCACCUACAGAUGGUUUACAGACAACUGAUUCACCUACAGGUGGUUUACAGACAACUGAUUCACCUACAGAUGGUUUACAGACAACUGAUUCACCUACAGGCGGUUUACAGACAACUGAUUCACCUACAGGUGGUUUACCGACAACUGAUUCACCUACAGGUGGUUUACAGACAACUGAUUCACCUACAGGUGGUUUACAGACAACUGAUUCACCUACAGAUGGUUUACAGACUUAG